AUGCAGGCGGCCUGCCGGCCGGCCGUCCGGCCGGUCGAACGACCAGCCGUGUGUAUUGAAAAUGGGCGCCGUGCAUCAGGCGCCGACCAGCGGACCGGGCAACCGUCGCUGCGCCGGAAUCGCCGUGAGGGACGAACCGCUGCCGUGCGCUGGUUCGGCAUUCGGCAUUUGUUUGGUCGUCGCAUCGGCCGGCCGCCCUCCUACGUACCCUCCUACCCUUCCGUAGUAGAGGCUCGACUUUCGGCGAGUCAACACUACGCACCGCUACGUCGUGUCCUGCGUGAAUUACGCGACUUGAUCGACGAAAAACCCCUCAAGACUUGCUUGAGGUUUACGCUUGGCAGCGACCCAGCCGGCCACCGCGAAUCGCUUCGAAACUAUCUUCCUCAACUGUGGCGACCGGCGGCUGCUGACGUGCUUCUUCUUAAGGUGCCCAGUGCGUCCUCACGACGCUCCGCUCCGUCAUCGCGUCACGAGUCAUCGCGACGGCUGACUGAGGCGAUGGCCGUCGCAUUCGCAUUCGUCUCCUCGUCAGCGUCCUCGAUGUCGUCGCCGUCGUCGUCAUCGCGCCUUUCAGUUCGAUCCCGCUUCUAUAGUCGUGUUCGAGGACGAGUGAUCGGUUUGUCAGACGUGUCAAGCGUCUGCCCGCGUCUGCACCUAGCAAGACAGUCGCAGCCAACCGCGCGCAACGGUUGGUUCGCGCGUGGUUUUACCUCACUUUGA